CACUUUCUUAAAUCAUUGGUUUGGUGUUCAUGUUCAUUCUUUAUUUGACGUCUGUGUAUUCAUUUUCAUUCAUGUACGCGAUUUCACUGUGAAAAGUAAUGUGUCCGCUAUUUACUAAAUAAAGAAAGCUUUCAGUUCUAUUAAUCUCGGUAAAUAAUUUCUUACGUACAGUCGUUUACAACAGAUUGUGAUUUAACUUAACGCAUUGAGAUGGAUCCACUAGCUCAAAUUGAAUUUAGUGGCGCUCGGCACACAAUGAAGGCUGACUUGCCACCUCUCGGUUCUCCUGUAGUUGAGAGAGAUAAAAAGACACUAUUCUGGAUGAGUGGUGUACUAGAGUGCUUUUCGACCGUUUGGGCACUUUUUAAAACUGGUGAAUACGAAGAAUCUCAAGAAAAUGAUUGGGAGGUUCCCUUUGAACUAAUCACCGACCUGGUAUACUUGGGCUCUGGAGCUCAAGGAGUUGUAUUCGGAGGAUCUUUUAGAGGUGAAAUGGUAGCGGUCAAGAAGUUGAGAGACAAAAACGAAGCAAACAUUAAACACCUCAGGAAACUAAACCAUGAAAAUAUAGUUCGCUUCCGUGGAGUUUGCACUGUAUCUCAGUUUCAUUGCCUUGUUAUGGAGUAUUGCCAAUAUGGUCCACUGUUUGAUUUUCUUCAUAGUGGUGUUACGUUCAACCCCAAGCAAAUAGUACGAUGGGCACGAGAUAUUGCUCUCGGCAUGAGUUACCUCCACACUCAUAAGAUUAUACAUAGGGAUCUUAAAAGUCCCAAUGUUUUGAUUGCUGAUAACCUUGUAGUCAAAGUCAGCGACUUUGGAACAAGUCGAGAAUGGAAUGAUGUCAGUGCAAUCAUGAGUUUUACUGGCACUGUGGCAUGGAUGGCUCCAGAAGUUAUACGUCAUGAGCCAUGCUCUGAAAGAGUUGACGUUUGGUCUUAUGGUGUGGUACUAUGGGAGCUUCUUACACAAGAAGUUCCAUACAAGAAUCUAGAGACACAUGCUAUAAUGUGGGGGGUGGGAACUGAUACAAUUGCACUUCCAGUGCCAUCAACAUGCCCAAGUAGCAUACAACUAUUACUCAAUCAAUGCUGGAAUAGAGUGCCUCGCAGCAGGCCACCUUUCAAAAUAAUCGCUGCACAUUUAGACAUGGCUGGUGAGGAGCUGUGUUCAAUGGACCAAGAAUCUUUUAAUAAAACACAAGCAGUUUGGCGCCAAGAGGUGCACAGCAGCAUGGACAGAUUAUAUUCUAAGAUCAAAAAACCAGCACCUCAAGAUGCGAUCGCACAACGCCGUGAAGAUUUGAAGCAUGCUCGUGACGUACGCUACGUGUAUGAGCAACAGCUCUCCCGAGCCAAUGAGUUGUACAUGGAAGUGUGCACUGUGCGUCUGCAACUUGAACAACGUGAACGGAUCAUUGCUGAGAAAGAAAUCGCUCUAAACGGAUGUCGUUGUGGUAUACGCAAGAACUUCAAAUACUUUAAUCGUCAGAUAUCUUCAUCAUCGGACGGCGUUAAGGGAGCUAUAACAACCGUCGUUGAUAGUCGUCGUCGGAAGAAAAAACACGCCAUGAACAAUCCCGCCCAAAUGGUCGUGAACUAUGUUGAGGAUAAACCAAAUGAAGGGCAUACAGUUGUCGCAGCGGUAGAUGAAUGCGUAAGUUGCGUCUGCAACGAAGAAAGCAUACAGAACAACAAUGUUCCAACUGUCCAAUCCAUUAAGGACACCAUAAUCGAGGACAAUGGUAACAUUAUUGUAAAAGAAACUGGAAGUAACAUUGAAAUCCCUCUCAAUGACAACUAUGUUCCAGAUCUCGCUCAUGUUUAAAAGGGAUUGCCCAUGCCAGGCCCGGGCCUACCCUAACCACCAGGCAAUUUACUCCUAUCUAAAAAAUCUUGAUAAUGCUACAUUAUUAAUGGAAUCAUCAAAAAAGAUCUAAAAAAAAACUAUCAAAAAAAGUUUGCUUCAACAUUAUUAGACAUUUUUGAUUCAUCUUUGAUUUGUCCACAACACAAGGACAAGGCUAAGAUUGUCGACCAUGCAGUCUGAGCUUUACUAUAUAUUUUGAAGACUUAUGAUUAGCUUGUUUGUUGAGCUAGUUGGUAGCAGAAAAAAAUAAUUUAGCUUCAAAUGUUACUUCCCUGCUUUGGUACACCGGCGAACAUUUUGCCCAAAAAGAGUGAUAAAAGAUGUAUUUUUCUGCAUGAAACAUAUUUUAAUUAAGCCGAUUAUUUAAACAGAUCCUUAUUUAUACAUCAUAUUAUCAUCCCCAUAUACUUUUUAUGGCCAACAUUUUAUGGGCCGGUGGGCAUUCUCCUUUAUUUGGCAUUAAUGACUUGCAAAAUAAUUAUGUAUGACAUAUUUUUAGUGUAUUUAUUACACAAUAUGAAAAUUUCCAUUAUAAUAAUAAUAACUACAUUUCAAUAAUGAUUAAUUGCUUCGGUUUUGUUUUUAUGUAAGUUUUUGAUUAUGAAUCUCUUUAAAGUGGUGAACAAAUACAAAUAAUAGUCUUUGAUAUAUAAAUACUAGAUGCAAUAUUGAAGCUUCAUACACAGCUAGAGCAAAUCAAGACAAUGUACAUAGCUGGAGCCAAAACAAUGCCAGGCAUAUUACUUCUUUACUAAUCACUUCAGUUCUGAAAAAAAUAAAAUAUUGCAAUCAUAAUUUAUCUUUCACCAAAUUUUCACAUUUAAAUACUAAGUGAUAGCCAUUUAAGUUGUGGAAAUUUCUGUAAAGAUAACUUAUAACUAUUAAUAACAGUUAUAGGUGUCGCUUUUAUGACACGUGUUUGAAAGUUAUUCAAUCUAUGUAUUUAUAUAUCCGAGUUGAGAGAUCUUAUUAUAAUCUUAAAUUGUUGUAAUCAAAUGUGAAGUCAAUAAGGUCUUGUUUUAUCUACAAAGAUAAGCAGAUGUUGUGAACUCGGAUCCCAAUAUCACAAUGAAUGUAACCAAUAUGUUGUAAUUAUGAAUUAUAGUUACAUAAGUGAUCUCUAAUAUUCUUUGAGUAGCUUAUUUAAAGGAUCUCAUUUUCAUUCUCAUUUAUUAUCGAAAAUUUAGAUUUAUGAAUAGUAUAUUACAGUUAAGAACACUGUAAGUAAGCUCCCAAAAAUUUAAAGAGUUGUAAGCAAUUAACCACAUUUUUUUUUCUAUUUAUAUAUAAAAAUGUGGUAUGAUUUUCUGCGAAUAUCUUAAAACGAAAAUUUGAAAUUCUGUAAAAACAGUCUGCAGUUUUUUGAUAUACAAUACUAUUAUUUUAGUUUUCAAUAUAUAAAUGCUAUAUUGAUAAUGAUAAAUAAUGUUUAUAUUAUGACAUCAAUACAAAAAAAUUUUAUAAAUUAUAACUUCGGCAAAAAAUAUAAGGAUUUGUAAAUUUGUUCUUAGAUAAAUGUCUAUUUAUUGAUUUUCGACUGCAAUAUACUCUUAGUUUAACAAUUGGAAGUUUACAAACAAAUAUUUGCGUUAAUAUAUAAUAUUAAUAUUAUCUUGGGUUAAUAUAUAAUAUAAUUAUAUUGUUUGCUCAAUCACUGAGAUUAUAAAUUGAUCGGUUAUAGAAACUUUUCAAUUGUAUGAGAUUUUCUUUAUAAUAUUCGAAGUAAAAGAUUUCGUACUGACAUAAAUUCAACUCAAUUCGAGUGAUAUUGAUUUCAUUUAAACACAGAAUGAAGCCUCUGAUUAAUCAGAUCUUCAUGAUUUUACACAAGCUGAAAGUUUUAAAAUCUUUUAUAAAAUCAUGAAGGUAACAAUAAAACAUUUAAUAAAAAAAUAACUAAAUUUAAUUUUCGUUAGUUAAAAUAUUGGACAUGGAUAUAAUAAAAUUGUUUAUGACAAUAUUUGUACAAUAUAUUUUCUACUCAUAAAAUGUUUCAUACUGCAGUAAUCAACCUAUGGCAGUCGUUUGUAUAUUAAGAAAGUUUCGGUAAGCUAUAUAUCUACCUGUUACCCAAUGAUGUGAUCUAUUUUGUGUGGUGAUUGUAACUGCGAUAUAUAGGUGUUUAUGUGAAAAAAAAAGUAUAUUCUUGACUGAAGAUUUACUGUAGGAUAUAUAGAAAUAAACAGAGGAAAAAAGUAUGUAAAAGAUCGCUUAUUUAAAAAAGUCUUAUAGUUUUUAUAGAUCAAAGUAAUAAAUUAUACAUGAAAGGUGAAAUUGACAAAAUUUGUAAGCAUAUACCCCUCAAAUAGCGUAAUAGAUGUACUUACGUACGUACGUACUCGUAUUUAUAAAGAUGUUUUGCUAACAACAUCUUCGACACUUGGAAAAAAUAGUCUUUCGUACUAUGGAUCUUGUCUAAAAUAUCGUCUAAAAUAUGAAGUUAAAUAUAACUAGACUAAAAAUCACACAAAAAAGUCAUGUUUUUUUUGUGGUUGUUGUAACUAGUGAUCUUAUUAAGUUAUUAAUAUACAUAUAUUGUUUUUAAGUGGUAAGAUAUUUGACAUUUCCUACGAAUCUUACUCUAUGUAGACAUUGUAAUGUACCUGUAGAAUAAAAUCACGCAUACCGCGUGUGUUUAGGUAAAUGUUUAGUGAAGUAGUGUUUUCCAUUUGCAUUUAUACUUGGAGCAUAAGUAUAUUUUUAUUACAUUUAAUUUUGCACAUCACUAACUAGAAGAAUAAUCGACAUAAUACUAUGACGCUCGCUAAAUACAACCAUCAAAGUUAAUUUCAUAUAAACAUAUUCAUCGAUUUUUUUUUCGAUUUAUCGCUGAAAUGGAUUAGGUUUCAUACAAACUGUAGAAUUAGGUAGUAGGUAAUUUUAAGUUAAUAAAGUAGAUACAAAAUGCUCAAGAAUUUUUGGCAUGGUUAUGACUUUAUGAUCGUGUGAAAAUGUCAACAACGGGCAAUAUAACAUGUGUACAAUAUUUUUACGAGUACAGGUCAUAUUUAAUACAUUUUUGCACUGUACCUACUUGUGUACAUCUUGCAUUCAUGCAAUGCACAAGCACAACGUGUGAUGAAACUUGAAAGUGCCACGUAAAAAAAAAACUAAUUUAGAUUUCUAGAUUUUCUUUUUAUUAUAUAAUUAAGAUUACUCUGUUGCAUAAGCGUUUUUCCAUUCCUUAUAUUGUUUUUUUAUCAAAUAUACACUUGUGUAAUUAUAAUUAGGGUGAAAGAAAAAUAGACUGUAGACUCGGUCUAACUUUUUGAUGUGCUUUUACUAUUUCUAAUCGUAUUAUAAGUAAUCCUCUACCAUUUAAUACAAUAUUCUGACCAAUAAAUCCUCAUACUUCAGUACAUAUAUAAUUUUAUAUAUUUGGAUAUCAAACAACUUUCAAAAGUACUGAAUUUUGUAGAAAUUUAUAUGUUUAUUAUUUCAUCAUUGUUAUCAGCCGAUGGACGUCCACUGCUGGAUAUAGGCCUCUUGCAUGAGCUUCCAAACAACAGUCCCUCUCUGCAAAAUGUCCUCAGUUUACCUAGUGGGGGGUCGACCAACACUACGCUUUCCGGUGCGGGGUCACCAUUCAAGCACCUUGGGAUCCCAACGUCCAUCGACUCUUGGAACUAUUUGGCCUGCCCAUUGCCUCUUCACCUUUGCGAUUCGCUGAGCUUUGGUUCGUCUGUCGAUCUCCAUAUUUCUGAUUUCUGAAAAAAAAAGUCUGAUUAAGUAUUUUUGUAAACUCCUUAUUGGGUCACCUAGGAGUAAAGUAAAUGAGAAAAUGCCUACACAAAAUAUUAUUUUUACAACAAACCAACCAUGCAAUAGAAGUGGCCUGUACCAAACUACAGAGACAUAUUUAACUGACGAGACGCUCUGUGAGUCAUACAUUUCUUUAAUAACUAUACAUUCCAGAUUUUAUCGAACGUAAAACGCAAUGAACUCAAAAGUUUCAGUGCAGACGUUUAACAGAUUUACGCGUCUCCUGUGUAAAAAUGUAAACUGCACGGCGAGAACAUAACGUGUGCACUGUGCAUGCCAUUUCUAUUUAAUUUCUAUGAUCAGGGCAAUACCUUGAGACUGGGUUUCACAGCUGUACGGUGUCUUCGUUAUAGGAGUGGUUGGUAGCGCUUAAAUACAAGGUCAUUUGAUUUGCAUUUGAGUUCUGCAUUAACCUAUCGCAUAAGUGGCGCUUGUCUUGAGAUGAAUGUAACGCAACGGCCUAGAAACGCAAACUAUGAUAAAACGCAACUGAAGAUGUUGCGAUGUGGCCUUCCUAAUUUAUAACUACAUUAUUUAUUAUGUAAACUUUUGAUAUAUGUAAUUAAUUUCGUUUAGUCUCUUACAAAAAUAUACACACAACUUAUAAGCUAUUGUACUUAACUGUCGAUCUAUUCACGAGAAUAGCAACGAAACUUUUCCAAUAUAUUCCGACUUUAUUUUUUUCCUUUAAAACUAGUUAUAUUGUUGUUAUAAUAAUUAAUUAAACAAAAUUAAGAAGGUAGAGUAAUGACAUCUUGAAAGUAUAAUAACAUAAGUAGGUACAAAAAUAAUCCAAAAUACAAUAAAUUUAUACAUUGUUUUGAUGUCUCGUACCUAUAUGUUUCUUUAAAACAACAUAAUAUGAUAGCCGUAGUAAACAUAUUUCUUUGGGCCCUAAAAAUCUUUAUAAAUUAGAUAAGCCUAGCUAAUGGUCUAGUCGCUAUCGAAUCGAUGUAUCUACUCUAAAUAGUUAUACUCGAAAUACAUAUUGUAGAUUUGUUUGAUGAAUAAAGAACUAAGUAAAUGUCAAAAA